AUGAACUAUAUAAAUACUUUUGACGUUAAAUUUUCAAUGCCCACACAUGUUUCAAAAAUCGUCUAUUAUAGAAAUGUUAAUUGUAUAGUUAACUUGUUUUAGUAUUAUUUAUAAAUAAAUUGUUGUAAACAAAAAGAGAGUUUAAAAUGCCGCAAGGAAGGAGACGAGCUCCUUUCAGUGGGAAGGCAAAAAAACAACAAAUGCAAGAGAAAAAACAACGCAAAAAUCAAAUUCUACUUGGACAAAGUCACAGUAGUAAGGAUAACGAUAAUUGUGAUGAUGAGGAACAUCAGGCGGGAAGGUCGAUUAAAAAAAUAAAUAAACAACCACGUGAUGCUGGAAGAAAUAAAUAUGCUCUGCAUUUUUUUCAAGAAUCACAGGAAGAAUUGCGUAGACGUAAGGAGGAGGCGUACCAAACUGUUGAAAUACUUCCUCUAAAUAAGCAGGAAAUUUCCGACUCCUAUUUCCCACCGGAAAUCGAUUUACCUAAGCGACCUCCUUGGGAUUUCAAUAUGUCGAAAGAUCAAUUGGAUAUUCGUGAGCAAAAAUACUUUAGAGAAUAUUUGGACAAUUUAAACGUGGAAAAAUUAAGUUUCUUCGAAUUAAAUUUGGAAACCUGGCGUCAAUUAUGGCGCGUUAUGGAAAUGUCGGAUGUUCUUUUAAUUAUCGUUGAUAUUCGUUUUCCAGUUCUCAUGUUUCCACCCUAUCUUUAUCGAUACAUUACCGUGGAUCUUGGAAAAGAUAUGAUACUAAUUCUCAAUAAAAUUGAUUUGGCACCACCUUCGCUUGUCGUUGCUUGGCGUGAAUAUUUCAAAAAGCACUAUCCACAACUUCAUAUUUUAAUGUUCACUUCGUAUCCGCAUUAUAAUUUACGAAAUAGCACCACUAAUGAGACUGAGGGAAGUUUACAAAAGAGGCGAAGAAAGGGAAAAUUAAAAAUGUCUGCAGAAGGUGCUAAGCAAUUAUUGGACACCUGUAAGGAAAUUGUUGGCGAUAAAGUUGACUUAACAUCGUGGCAAGAGAAAAUUCAGGAGGAAAUGAAUUCGGAAUAUGAUUUAGAUGAUUUGGGAAGAAAGGAUAAUGUGACUGUUCUGGAAAAGGAUUUGAGCUAUUUUGAGCAUGAAAAAUUUAAAAAUGGUGUAUUAACUAUCGGUUGUCUUGGCACUCCGAAUGUUGGAAAGUCUUCCUUAAUGAAUGCCAUAAUGGGUAAAAAAGUGGUGAGUGUUUCGCGAACACCGGGCCAUACGAAGCAUUUUCAAACAAUUUUCCUAACAAAAACAGUAUGCCUCUGCGAUUGUCCGGGAUUAGUUUUCCCAUCAAUUGCACCGAAACAAUUGCAAAUAUUAAUGGGAUCGUUUCCAAUUGCUCAAGUUAGAGAGCCAUACACUGCAGUGAAAUUUUUAGCCGAAAGAAUAAAUUUACCGCAAUUACUGAAAUUACAGCAUCAAGACAAUGAUGACACUUGGUCGGCAAUGGAUAUUUGCGACAGUUGGGCCGCUAAGAGAAAUUAUAAGACGGCCAAAGCGGCUAGACUCGAUUCUUAUAGAGCCGCGAAUUCAUUGUUGCGAAUGGCCUUAGAGGGAACAAUAUGUUUAUUUAUUUAUCCGCCUGGUUGGUCGACAGAUAGAGAAUCAUUGGAAACUCACCCGGAUAUGGAGAUAGUGAAAUGGAUUCAAGCGAAAAGUGCAACUGAAGACAAGAGCAAAUAUUCCGUCUCUGAAGAUGAAGAAAGUGAAAGUUUCGAGUCCGAAUUGUCAAGUAAAGAAAGCACUGAUUCAAAUAAUUCAGACGAUGAGAUUAAAUCUGAGACGUCGGAGGCGACAAACAAAUUUGAAAUUUUAUCCACUACAAAAUAAAAAAAGGCACCUAAGAGCUUUUUUACGCUGUAGCCGGGAAUGGCGUAGAAGAAGAGAAUAAUUAAAAUUAUCAAUGCAAUAACGAAAGUUGCUUUCAAUAUGGCCCAUUUAUAAUUAUGCCAAACGAUAUAUUUUAUUGAUUUCAGUGGAUUCACGAACCACAUGAAGGAAGCGUCUGGCCGACUGAAAAUAAAUAUAUUUUUAAAAUAAAACAAUUUUUGUAAUAAAAGGAAAAAUUGAAAAAAAAAUGAAAUGAAAGACCUACUUUGGUUUAUCAAGUGGAUCAGGUUCAUUUCUACCGAAACCGGCUGUAUUUCUUUCAGCUUCUUCUUUCGUUAAUAAAUGUAUUUCAGCUUCAACUUUUCCCUAAUGAGAUGAGUUAAUAAAAAUGAAGAGAUUAUUUUCAAAAAUAUGAAAAGAUUAUAAUUAUUUUUAUUAUAAUAAAAACAUACCGUUAAUUCCA